UGGAGGAGAGCUCCUGGAAGCUGAUGACUACUUCCUCCAAUGAGCAAGUAACUAAGAUCAAAACUAAGUUUGGCUUGGACUUUAAAGAAUCAGGCAUCAGUCCCGGCAAAGUCAAAGUACGCUACCAAAAAUAUGGAGGAAACGCGUCAAUGAUGAGCCAUCAGUUCCAAAAGAGUGCCGCAUCACCCAUGAGCUUCACACAACACCGUGGCGCCGCUGGGUUCACUGGCUCGCUGUCAGAGGGCGCCUCCGGUGGACCUGUGUUGAAUGGACAAUCAGGAGACACCGAAGCACCAACAGGGGCGGGGAGCAACAGCAGAUGACAAAAAAUGUCUUAUAUGCAUGGAGACAUUUACCAAAAAGAAACAGCUUAAGUGUAAACAUGAGUUUUGUGAGGAAUGCCUGGCCCAGUCAAAGAAAGCCAUGGGACCCAUCUGUCCUGUAUGCAGAGAUGUCUUUGGUAUGAUGGAGGGAGACCAGCCAGAUGGAUACAUGACAUGGAAGUCAUAUUCCACAUCCCUCCCUGGAUUCUCAAGCUGCAACACUAUAGUCAUCAACUAUGACAUUUCACGUGGACAACAGACGGAAAAGCAUCCACAUCCUGGAAAGUACUAUUAUGGUAUAAAAAGAACAGCAUAUCUGCCAGACAAUAAAGAGGGCAGAGAAGUGCUGCUCCUGUUGAAGAAAGCGUUUGACCAGAAGCUCAUUUUCACUGUUGGAACGUCCAGAACGUCUGGGAUGGACAACCAGGUCACCUGGAACGACAUUCACCACAAGACCAGCAUGACAGGAGGACCAGAGUGUUUUGGGUAUCCUGACCAUGGCUACCUGAGCAGAGUCAGGGAGGAGCUGAAGGCUAAAGGCAUCGAGUGAAGACUUUGAUACAAAGUGGCUGAGGAGAGUUGUUUUAUCACAAAAAAAUGUUUAUGAUUAUGUAAAACAAGCAAUUACUGGAAUAUACAUACUGCUGUAUUGUAUACUGUCUCUCAUCAGUAAGGGUUACUUUGAGGUGCAGCUGUAAAUGAUCAGCAUUUACAGCUUAAGAGUUUAUGGUUUAGCAACGUGUAUUAUCUUUACCUAUUAAGUAUAACUUUGAAGGAUACUCCAAGUUCGUUGUGUUCAUGAGCUUUGUGAGUAAUGCGGAAAAAAUAAUAGACGCUACAAAGAAGAUCUGUGACAGUGUCUUCAGUAGGAAUAGGACUGUUAAAAACGGUUAUCAUUUGUAAACUUAAGUACUAAUUGACAAAAGUGUCCACAGCUAACCAAUGCUGCAUACUAAAGCCAGCAACAGUUCUGGGGCAGGUUUAAGAAAUGCAAUUAUUUUAGUUAAUAUUGUGCUCCCAUGGUGCAUUUUUCUAAAUAAUGUUAAAAGCAAAUAGCCCCUGUGUUUCCAACACACUUGGCCUUGCUACUUAUGAGGCAUCAUGGUCAGUGUAUCUUUUGUUCAUUCAGUGUUCCUUUCAUAAACAGGUAUUCAAAAACAAAAAAGGAAUGGUUGUUUGAUUUUUGUUUUAAAAAUACAAAAUUUGAAAAUUUAAAUACAAGGCAUUUUUUUUUCCUUUUUAUGUUCAAAAGGGGAUGAGAGUAGAUAUUGCAAAAGGGUUCUCCAAUGUUUUCUCAGUUAGCCUUUUAAAAUGAUGUCAGAUUAGAAUGUGUCUUUGGAACAUGGAUGAAUGGUUGCUGAUAAUGGGCAGAUAUUGCAUUAAAGAUCAGCCACCCACUCA